ACGAUUGUUAAUAUAAAACACUUGGCAAUUAAUAUGUAUUCUUGACAUAUAGUCGAAAGACGUCAUCUCGCAACCAGCAAUAUAUUCAGCUGUCAAUCUUGGAUCACAGAACGAUAACAGAAUCAACAUGGAAAUCCUGGAACCUAUCACUACAGACUCCUCUGGGGACAGCGAUUCUCCAGCAUCACCACGCUCCUCAAUCCCAAAUGACCACCGCCCCAGACUCAAUGACCUCUACAACACCCAGAGCUACGGCGAGGACUCAAUACCCGUCCCCAUUGUCCCCGCACAUACACUCGAAUUGGAAAAGCAGACCACAGCAAAUUCAACGUCGUCAUCAAGAUUUAACCAGCGCGCUCAAUCGGUCAUAUCGCGUAUUCGGAGCAGGGAACCGGGUCAAGUUGCCAGGUUUACGCAUCCGUUGUCACAUACAAAGACUGGGCCGGAUGUUUUGGUUGAUUUUGAUGGACUGGAUGAUCCAUAUCAUCCUAGGAAUUGGGGGUUCAAGAAGAAGUGCAUUACUACGGUGUUGUACGGAUUGACGACUAUGGGCGCAACCCUCGCAAGUGCCAUAUAUACACCAGGCACAUCACAAAUCAGCAAGGAAUUCGGCGUCGGAUCAGAGGUCAGUCUCCUAGGCCUCACCUUUCUAUUGCUAGGUUUCGGAUUUGGUCCUCUGCUAUGGGCACCACUCUCCGAACUAUACGGACGCAGAUUAGCCGUCAUGAUACCCUACUUCGUCGCAGCCAUAUUCUCCUUUGGUACCGCAACGGCAAAGGAUAUUCAAACUGUGCUGAUCACUCGGUUUUUCACGGGGUUCUUUGGUUCGGCACCGGUCACGAAUACGGGUGGUGUGCUCGGUGAUAUCUGGUCACCGCAGGAGAGAGGUGCAGCUAUUGUCGCGUAUGCGAUGGCUGUGGUGGGUGGUCCUACUGUUGGUCCUAUCAUUGGAGGUGCUAUUUGUCAGAGCUAUUUGCGGUGGAGGUGGACUCAAUACAUUACUGGAAUCUAUAUGAUGUUUAUCCUGACCUUGGAUGUCAUCUUCAUCGACGAAACUUAUCCACCCGUCCUCCUUGUAUACAAGGCACAGCGACUGCGCCAUGAAACAGGAAACUGGGCCCUACAUGCAAAACACGAAGAGUGGGAUGUUAGUAUCAAGGAAAUGGCGAAUAAGUACCUAAUCCGACCAUUCGCUCUAUUGAGUACACCAAUCUGUUUCGCCAUCGCUAUAUAUGCCUCAUUUGUCUACGGUAUUCUCUACCUAAACCUCGCGGCAUUCCCGAUCGAAUUUACAGAUGAACGUGGCUGGAACCAAGUUGUGGGUGAAUUGCCCUUUCUGGCCAUGCUAGUUGGAAUCAUGCUAGGUGCAUGUGUGAACCUUCUCAAUCAACGGUUCUAUAUCAGCCGAUUCAAGAAAAACAACAACCGACCCGUCCCCGAAGCCCGUCUUCCACCUAUGAUGAUCGGUUCGGUGGUCUUUGCAGCUGGCAUGUUCAUCUUCGCCUGGACUUCGGAUCGAAAAAUACACUGGAUAGGCCCCGUAAUCGGUGCCGCAUGCAUGGGUCUAGGAUUUUUCACCAUAUUUCAAGCAGCCAUCAACUAUCUUGUCGACACGUUCCCGCUUGCUGCAGCCUCUGCAGUUGCUGCUAAUACCUGUUUGCGAAGUAUAUUUGCUGCUGCUUUCCCCUUGUUCACGGAUGCAAUGUAUAACAAUCUCGGUAUCGAUUGGGCGGCGAGUACACUUGGGUUUAUUUCGAUUGUGUUGAUUCCCAUUCCGUAUUUGUUCUAUGUCUUUGGGCGGAGACUUAGGGCUAGAGGGAAAUGGUCCCGAGCAUCGGUUUAUGAUUAAUGAGACCUUUUUCAAGAUGUGGUUUGUAUAUAUUGGAUCGGUCUGUAUAUAAGAUGAUCUAUAGAUAACUGAUAAUACCUAAUGAAUAUCUAUAUGGACGUGAAUAUGUGAUAUACUCUAGUUAUGUUCAUUCCCUAGUCGUGUUCGUAUCUAUUCCAUCAAUACAUAUUCAAUGUACCAUCGCAGCCCACCUACGUGCACCCAAACACCCAUAGAAAAGAAAAAUAUACACAAUUCCUCACACAACAAGGCUAUUCGACUUCAGGAUGAGAUGCAUGCCACUUACGGAUGGCUUCCUUAGCAGCGGUUACCUUGAGACCAAUUCGAGUAUCGAGAUCGUACGACUCCCACUUCGCCGCCUUCUCGAGAUGUUCGUCACACUCUUGGACGUGUUUCUUCUCAAUAGCAACGAUCUCCUUGUCAGACAAUCCUACGUGUGUGGGUUCAGGGUCCCAGGGUGAGGUAUGCGUUGGUUCAUAGCUAGGUCGCUCCAUCCAAACGUUAGCGGCAAGCUCAAAAUGUGCCGCUGGAAGAACCCAAUUGUCCCGUAGUUGACCCUUGAAAACACUCCGAUCAUGGACCAGGACUUUCUGUUUCAGGAUCUCCUUCGCCUCUGUGUGUUUGCGUAAUGCGCGUAGAAUAGCGGCUCGGAGAAGUUGAGUGAUGGCCUUGUCGUCUUCCUCUUGGUUCUUGACGUUCUGCUCUGACCAUUCCAGUUUGCGCAAUGAAUCUUCCAGUCCCUCCGCUCCCAUGCGGCUAUAUCCAUUCCAGAAGAAAUUCAUCUCUUCAAUUGGAUCAACGCCCACGGCAUCGACGAGAUCUACUUUCAACCCCUUGGCGCGAGCCUCCCAUUUUGCUAUUUUGCGGGUGACAAAGACUUCGAAUGGCAGUUGGCGAGCCAUCAGGCGCUUCUUGCCUGCCACUGUCGGCGCUUUGCGGAUACAUUCUCUGGCCUUUUCCGCAAACACCUGAGCGGCAGCUGGGUCAACAGCGGAUGUAUGGCGGUAUAAAACCACAUAGGCAGAUCCUGCAAUGUAGUAGUAUA